GUCUCUCUGAAGUUGACAACCAUCAUAGUAUUAGUACUAGCUUGAAACUAUGCCAGAGCACGAAACAAAAAUAGCUGCAGCUCCCUUCGACAAUGCUUCCGCGACUGUAGUCCUCCGGACUUGUGACAAUGUCGACUUUCAUGUCUUCAGAGAGAUCCUCCUCGUUGCAUCUCCCAUCUUCGCUACGAUCUUCUCCCUACCGAGCUCAGACUCAUACAAUGGCGCUGACUCAAAGGAUGGCGUCCCUGUUAUUUCCAUAUCUGAGGACCAGGAGACGAUGGACUAUAUCCUACGUCUUUGCUAUCCUUUACCUGGUCCCCCAUCACUCACCUCUGUGUCAGUUGCAGAGAAGGUCUUUGAAGCCGCUAUGAAGUAUGAAAUACAGAAGGUGUUAGAUAUAGUUGAAAUUGAGGUAAUAUCACUGGGAAGUGCAGACCCAUUACGCUUGUAUUCCUUCUCCUGCAGGAUUUCUCUGGAGCGCGGAGCAAGACGGGCAGCUGAGCUGCUACGCGAAAAGUAUCGGCCCAGUGCUAUAUGUCCCGGAUGUAUCACAUCCUACGGAAAGAAGGAAUGUAAAGGAAAUCACCCAGCGACUGACAGAGACUUCUGUAUGCUGGUCGAGACACUGUACACUGACAACCCCUGCGGCUUGUCCGCUGGUUGUCUUUUUCGCUUAGUCCGAUUCAUAUGCUUUGGCACGCAAUCCACGUUCUGCAAGCCAGAUCUUGCGAAGCCGGAGCCCUCAAGGAAAAUGUCCUACCAUGGACAAUAUCCCGAUGCGACGUUAUUGGUCCAUCAUCCCCCUGACAUCAUCUUGCGGUCUGCAGAUAUGGUCGAUUUUCCUGCUCAUAAACUUGUGUUGCGCAUGGCAUCCGCUCAUGAUAUCGUUGAUCGCUGCGUAGCAGGAGGUUCUCUUUCCCCGGAGGGGAUACCAGCCAUCGACUUAACUGAGAGCAGCGUUAUUGUCAGGUCGCUCCUCGAACGCUGUUACACUGGUGGAGAAGUCGGCACCCGCGCUGUCGACGCUCAUACAGAAAUCCAGAUUUGGCGCGUGGCGAGGAAAUACAAAAUGAAACGGCUGGCAGAAGCAGUGAAGAGUCAACUUCUGUCCUCAAUACGCACCUCUCCACUCAAGACGUACUUCAUAGCGGUCUCAUGUCAUUGGCAGAAAGAAGCUCAGGAAGCAGCUCGUGAUAUCGCUUCGCAAGGAAUAUGCUUGUCCACAAGCUAUGUCACCGAGAUGGAUGGAAUGGGAACUCUUGAUGCCUAUCGAGAACUUCUUCGUUUCUGCCACAAAGUUUCUCAGUCACAGUACCAAGUUUUACAGGCAUUGUCUCCUGAUAUGCCGAAAUCGGAACAAGGAGACCCAUGGUACGAUCCAGCGUUCUCUCGUCCUUCCAAGAUUCCAGUAGGAAUCAUCCUCCGCCUACUGAAUGAUCUAAGAGGGAUUAACGGUUACUGUUAUGCAAGAUUUGUGGACGAAAAGUAUGACUCCAAUCCUAUGGCAUUCGGAAGAGCGCUGCUCUCAAAUUACGUACGGGUGGAACAGCAACUUUUGGACAGAUUGUCCAAGAUUACCUUGGAAUUAUGAGCACAACUCGUAGACGUAUGCCCGAGGUCUGAGCGUAAUGUCGCCAUACGUGACGUGAAUCCGGAAGAAGAUGCGUGUGAUCGAAUAUUCUUAGUUUUCAGGACCUGGAGCUCGACAUCCUGCCUAUGACUCUUCUCAUCACCUACUAAUCACUGUCUGAUCGUCCUUGACUCCCUCCGUAUUUGCAACCCUUCACAUUCUCUGUUUGUGGCCGCAACAUAUUUAGCCUUGCAAUGGGCUGCUCGCAACCCGGGAACACACUGCCAGUCGAAACCCUCCUGGCUGUCGAAAGCAAAAGAACACCUUGUCGACCUUCUAGAAUUCGAAAACUUGUUCUCUUCACGUACAGCUGAGCAAUGCUGUCUUAGAUGUCAUUCCCAAGUCGUUUUUGAAUGGAUACCCGCCUCGUCUCUGAUGACCCUU